AUGGCAUGUGCCAAACACCAGCAUAAUUAUAAUUAUAAUGGAUGCAGGUUGGGUUGGAAGAGGAGUGGACUAGGAGGAGAAGAGGUGGUGGGCCUAGCACUUUUGCAGCUGCUCGACUGCAUCACGUCUGAUGCAUUGCCGGCUAAUCGAGGAAACCACGUCGACCACCACCUGAGAGAAGCCUGGGCUGAGUGGCUGCUGACGUGGAAGCACGAGGAUGAGGGAACACACGUGCGGGAGGAGACCGGGUUGCUGCUGGUCCGCACCGUGGAGAUUUGCGCUGGCCGGUCCGGUUCGGUCGAGCCGGCGACGGCUCGCUCGGAGUUCGACUGGCUGGCCAGGCUCACCUCCUCCGUCUGCCGCCGGCUCCAGCGCCGCAUGCUGCUUCUGCAGGGCACCCCAAAGAACUUAGCCACAUCCGAGGAGGACAAGGCAAUAGAAGCAGAAAUGCGGGAGUUAGCACAGUGCGUGCUUCAGAGAUCCCCUAGCCUCAGCAACCAAACCAAGCAGACGUUCUUUACCGUCACAAAAAGUUUCUACUAUGCUGCCCACUGCCCAUCUGCUUCUCUCGACCAUCACAUCUCCAAGGUUCUCUUCGAGCCGAUAGCUCAAUCUGGCUGCAUAUAA